AUGACCCAAGUUUACUUUGACAUUUCCGCUGACGGCGCCAAGCUCGGUAGAGUCGUCUUCAAGUUGUACGACGACGUUGUCCCAAAGACCGCUGAAAACUUCAGAGCUCUCUGUACCGGUGAAAAGGGUUUCGGUUACGCUGGAUCCUCUUUCCACAGAGUCAUUCCUCAAUUCAUGUUGCAAGGUGGUGACUUCACCAGAGGUAACGGUACCGGUGGUAAGUCCAUCUACGGUGAAAAGUUUGCUGACGAAAACUUCGCCAAGAGACACGAAAAGCCAGGUUUGUUGUCCAUGGCCAACGCUGGUCCAAACACCAACGGUUCCCAAUUUUUCAUCACCACUGUCCCAUGUUCCUGGUUGGACGGUAAGCACGUUGUCUUCGGUGAAGUUGUCUCCGGUUACGACGUUGUCAAGGUUGUCGAAAGCAAGGGUACCUCUCCAAACGGUACCACCACCGCCAAGAUCACCAUUGAUGCUUCUGGUCAAUUGUAA